CCGCCGCCGCCGUUCCCGCCGUUCCCGGCCAAGGCCGCCCUGCACAUCCGGAAGAAUGCCAUCACGGACGACUACAAGGUCACCACGCAAGUGCUGGGGCUCGGCAUCAACGGCAAAGUUCUGGAGAUCUUCAGCAAGAAGAGCGGCGAGAAGUUCGCCCUCAAGAUGCUGCAGGACUGCCCCAAAGCGCGCAGGGAGGUGGAGCUGCACUGGCGGGCGUCGCAGUGCGCGCACAUCGUGCGCAUCAUGGACGUCUACGAGAACCUCUACCAGGGGAGGAAGUGUCUGCUCAUCGUCAUGGAGUGCCUGGAUGGUGGGGAGCUUUUCAGCCGAAUUCAGGAUCGGGGAGACCAGGCCUUCACCGAACGGGAGGCCUCCGAGAUCAUGAAGAGCAUCGGGGAAGCCAUCCAGUAUUUGCACUCCAUCAACAUCGCGCACCGGGAUGUGAAGCCGGAAAACCUCUUGUACACCUCCAAAAGGCCCAACGCUGUGCUAAAGCUCACCGACUUCGGCUUUGCUAAAGAAACCACCACGCACAACUCGCUGGCCACGCCGUGCUACACGCCGUACUACGUGGCCCCAGAAGUGCUGGGCCCCGAGAAAUACGACAAGUCCUGUGACAUGUGGUCCCUGGGGGUCAUCAUGUACAUCCUGCUCUGCGGCUACCCCCCCUUCUACUCCAACCACGGUCUGGCCAUUUCCCCGGGCAUGAAGAAGCGCAUCCGAAUGGGCCAGUAUGAAUUUCCCAACCCCGAGUGGUCGGAAGUGUCGGAAGAAGUGAAGCAGCUGAUCCGCAACCUGCUGAAGACGGACCCGACGCAGCGCAUGACGAUCACGGAGUUCAUGAACCACCCCUGGAUCAUGCAAUCGAUGCAGGUGCCGCAGACGCCGCUGCACACGAGCCGCGUGCUCAAGGAGGAGAAGGACCUGUGGGAGGACGUGAAGGAGGAGAUGACGAGCGCGCUGGCCACCAUGCGCGUGGACUACGAACAGAUCAAGAUCAAGAAGAUCGAGGACUCGUCCAACCCUCUGCUCAUGAAGAGGCGGAAGAAAGCGAACCCUGCGGAGCCCGCGGCGCUCCCGCACUGAGGCCGCCGCCAGCCCGCAGAAAGCAAUAACUAUAUAUAUAUAUUUUUUAAGAAAAAGACAAAAAGAGACUUAUAUCAAGCGCAUGGGAUGCAGACAUUUAUACCAGACUAGUUAUUUUUAGCUACUCACCUGUGUUUCUGACCUUUCUGGAGCAGGCGAUGAGAUGUCCCUGUAAGAGCCACACGCGUCACCCGGGGUUUGUCCCUGGGGAUUGUUUGAAUGAAUGGCGCCCAUAAUUGUUUUUUUUU